AUGUUCACGGCACGAAACGCCGGCCUCUUGGCGUGCGCGUUUUCUACGGGAGCGCUGCUCGUCUGUUUCUUCUACGUACCAGCGCUGAUUAUGAAGAUCCAAAACAUAAAUGACCAGUUACGUGUCGACUCGGACGAGUUUCGCGUCAUCGCUGAUAUGACAUGGACAGAGUUGUCUAAAGCUCGACUAAGCGAUGUAGGAAGGAUAAGAAGACAGGCCUACGGAUCACCAACUCCUAAGAAGACCUAUGCUUUACAUAACAGCUAUGUGAAAGAAGAUGCGUUCGUUGAGAGUGCUAUUUGCAACUGUGAUGUUAACAACGCAUGUCCGCCUGGACCUCCAGGACCUCCUGGAAAACCGGGUCUUGACGGUGAACCAGGUUCUCCCGGAAAGCCAGGAGCUCCGGGUCUUGCAGGAAUUGCCCCGCCAGUUACAAUUGAUGCUCAACAAGGUUGCCGCGUCUGCCCACACGGUCCUCGCGGACCUCCAGGACCACCCGGUGAACCCGGACCACUGGGACCAGAAGGAAUUCCCGGAAAUCCAGGAAGACCGGGAGAGACCGGACGCGAAGGCUACCCAGGACAACCUGGUAUCCCCGGGGAGAGUGGUAAACCGGGAAAGGUUGGAGAGCCUGGAUUACCUGGACGCGAAGGUAUUCGUGGAACAAAGGGAGUGCCAGGAGAGAAAGGAGAGCCAGGUCCACAAGGACAGAGAGGGCCUGCUGGAUAUCCUGGACGUGAUGGGCAGAGAGGAAGCGAUGGUGAGGUCGGACCGGCUGGACCUCCCGGACAAGUUGGUUUGCCAGGAGAACGUGGGCAACAGGGAGUUGCUGGAUCACCUGGACAACCUGGACCUGAUGGUUCUUACUGCAAAUGCCCAGAACGAACUCUUGGGGUUAACAAAUACGAGAAGCCACCAGUUUCUGUUGAGCCACCGGGGUAUGAACCUACAGUACAAGCAUCGGGACCAGCCUACGAAGCAUCCGCGGAAACCUCGCGCAGCCCCUAUCGCAAAUGGAAAUGGCUUCAGUAA